UAAGAUAGUGAGUGUCUUCACUUGGCUGGAUUUUUCAAAAUUUGGUAAUUGCAGUGAAUUCCCUUUUUUCCUAGAGCUGAACUGAUUGUCCUUGGGCUAAUAAUGGGUUAAAUGCUAUCUUGUAAGUUCAAGGAAAUUAGCCCUGCUCAAACACUGCGCACAUGCAGUGCUUUGGGCAGAAAAAAGACUGGGGAAAUCAGUGUGUGGGAGACAGUUUUCUCCGUGACAAGAGCUGAAACAAUUAAUGAAAAACACUUCAGAAGUGAUGGAUUCAUCUGACAUUCAAAGGAAAAAUGUAGCUGUCAUUGGUGGUGGCUUGGUUGGAUCGUUAAAUGCAUGCUUCCUUGCCAAGAGGAAUUUCCAAGUUAAUGUAUACGAAGCUAGGGAAGAUCUCCGGGUGGCUAAAUUUGCACGUGGAAGAAGCAUUAAUUUGGCCCUUUCUCAUAGAGGACGACAGGCUCUGAAAGCCAUUGGCCUGGAAGAUCAGAUUGUAUCCCAAGGUGUCCCCAUGAGAGCAAGAAUGAUUCACUCUCUUUCAGGAAAAAAGUCUGCAAUUCCCUAUGGGACAAAGUCCCAGUAUAUUCUUUCCAUAAGCAGAGAAAAUCUAAACAAGGAUCUACUGACUGCUGUUGAGAAAUACCCCAAUGCAAAGGUGUACUUUGGCCACAGGCUGUUGAAAUGCAUUCCUGAGGAAGGAAUGAUCACAGUGCUUGGAUCUGACAAAGUUCCCAAAGAUGUCACCUGUGACCUCAUUGUAGGAUGUGAUGGAGCCUAUUCAACUGUCAGAACUCACCUCAUGAAGAAACCCCGCUUUGAUUACAGCCAGCAGUACAUUCCUCAUGGGUACAUGGAGCUGACUAUUCCACCCAAGUAUGGCGAUUUUGCCAUGGAACCUAAUUAUCUGCAUAUCUGGCCUAGAGAUACCUUUAUGAUGAUUGCACUUCCUAACAUGAACAAAUCUUUCACAUGUACUUUGUUCAUGCCCUUUGAAGAGUUUGAAAAACUGCUAACUAGUAGUGAUGUGCUGGAUUUCUUCCAGAAGUACUUUCCGGAUUCUAUCCCUCUAAUUGGAAAACAAGCCCUGGCACAAGAUUUCUUUCUGCUGCCCGCCCAGCCCAUGAUAACCGUCAAGUGUUCCUCUUUUCACUUUAAAUCACACUGCGUGUUGAUGGGAGAUGCAGCUCACGCCAUAGUGCCCUUUUAUGGGCAAGGAAUGAAUGCGGGCUUUGAAGACUGCUUGGUGUUUGAUGAAUUAAUGGAUAAAUUCAAUAAUGACCUUAGUAUGUGUCUUCCUGAAUUCUCAAGAUUUAGAAUUCCAGAUGACCAUGCGAUUUCAGACCUAUCCAUGUACAAUUACAUAGAGAUGCGAGCACACGUCAACUCAAGGUGGUUCAUCUUCCAAAAGAACAUAGAGAGAUUUCUUCAUGCCAUUAUUCCAUCUACCUUUAUCCCUCUCUAUACCAUGGUCACCUUUUCCAGAAUAAGGUACCACGAGGCAAUGCUGCGUUGGCAUUGGCAAAAAAAGAUGAUAAACAAAGGACUCUUUUUCUUUGGAAUGCUGAUAGCCAUCAGUGGCACCUACCUACUUAGGCGCUCCAUGUCACCAAGGUCCCUGGAAUACUUGAGAAGACCAUGGAACUGGGUCACUUAUUUCCAGAGUACAGGACGUGUCUCCCUGCAAAUUCCCUGGGGUCACUAGAACAAAUUACUAAUGUUAUUAGCAAGUGAUAUAAAGAUGCUGCAGUAGCAAAUACUUGAAUUCUCUGUAAUCAAAACAGGAUCAAAAUCAUGUUUCCAUCAUUUUAUUUAAUUCACUAAUGGAAGGUAUUUAUCAACUUAUACUUAAAUUCAAUGUAUAAUUUUUCUAUGUGUUCACUGAAAUUAUUGAGAAAAAAAACCCCCACCACUUUAAGUUGCAAAACGCAGCUUCCCCAUAGCACUAGGCUUAAGUCAGAUCAUUCUAAAUAUAAAAGUGCAAUGACUAAGAUCUCUUUCACUUCUUAAAAAGUAAGGCCAUAGAGGCCUCAAGGAAGACACUGAUCACACUUUUCUUUAAAGCCCUAAUAGGACUGACUUAACGCCCAGGACUAAAAGUCACAAUUUGCCUAAGAUGUUUACUACACUUUUCAUCACCUGGAUGGAACCACCUAAGCACAAGUCUCAGGCCUGCUUGCUAAAACUGGAAGUGUAAACAAGGAAUUGAGGGGCUUUCUAGAGAGUUCAAAAUGAAUCAAUUUUAUUUCCCAGUUUUUAGAUGAAAGUAUUACCUUCUGAAGAUUUUCUUCAAAUGUUUAAUAGCCAUACUAAGUGAAGGAUAGAAGAGUUUUGUUUAUAAAUUAAGUAUCUAUAUACACAAGAGAGUGGAAAGGAAACAAAGGGAGAUAGUUUUCAUAGCAAUAUAAAGCCGUAUUUUAUUCUAUUCAGAAACAAUUUACUAACAUUCUCGAACUACAUGCUGUGGAAAAACUAGCAAUAAACUUGAUUUUUAAAAGUU